AUGACUAACGUUUUCUUCUCUUCUGUCCUUCUCUCUAACCUAUCCUUUCCAUUCUUCCUUCCGUUGAGUCCUUCCUUCUCAUCUAUAUCUUUUGUCCCUUCCGUCCAUCUCUCUAACCUAUCCUUUCCAUCUUUCCAUCUCAUUCAUAAAUUUUGUUGUUGUUGUUUCUUACUUAUCCUUUCCAUCUUUCCUUCUCUUCAGUCCUUCCUUCUCAUACAUAAAUUUUGUCCCUUCUUCCUUCCUUCUCAUCUAUAUCUUUUGUCCUUUCCGUCCAUCUCUCUAACCUAUCCUUUCCAUUCUUCCUUCUCUUCAGUCCUUCCUUCUCAUCUAUAUCUUUUGUCCUUUCCGUCCAUCUCUCUAACCUAUCCUUUCCAUUCUUCCUUCUCUUCAGUCCUUCCUUCUCAUCUAUAUCUUUUGUCCUUUCCGUCCAUCUCUCUAACCUAUCCUUUCCAUUCUUCCUUCUCUUCAGUCCUUCCUUCUCAUCUAUAUCUUUUUGUCCUUUCCGUCCAUCUCUCUAACCUAUCCUUUCCAUUCUUCCUUCUCUUCAGUCCUUCCUUCUCAUCUAUAUCUUUUGUCCUUUCCGUCCAUCUCUCUAACCUAUCCUUUCCAUUCUUCCUUCUCUGCAGUCCUUCCUUCUCAUCUAUAUCUUUUGUUCUUUCCUAUCCUUUCCAUUCUUCCUUCUCUUCAGUCCUUCCUUCUCAUCUAUAUCUUUUUGUUCUUUCCUAUCCUUUCCAUUCUUCCUUCUCUUCAGUCCUUCCUUCUCAUCUAUAUCUUUUGUUCUGUCCUAUCCUUUCCAUUCUUCCUUCUCUUCAGUCCUUCCUUCUCAUCUAUAUCUUUUUGUUCUUUCCUAUCCUUUCCAUUCUUCCUUCUUUCAGUCCUUCCUUCUCAUCUAUAUCUUUUGUUCUUUCCUAUCCUUUCCAUUCUUCCUUCUCUUCAGUCCUUCCUUCUCAUCUAUAUCUUUUGUUCUUUCCUAUCCUUUCCAUUCUUCCUUCUCUUCAGUCCUUCCUUCUCAUCUAUAUCUUUUGUUCUUUCCUAUCCUUUCCAUUCUUCCUUCUCUUCAGUCCUUCCUUCUCAUCUAUAUCUUUUGUUCUUUCCUAUCCUUUCCAUUCUUCCUUCUCAUCCAUCUUUUCCAGUUGUGCAUAUUUUCUCCUUCAUUCUUAUCUAUCACUUUUGAAAAAAUAA